AUGAAACUAUCAAUCACCAUACUAUCAUCAAUCCUGGCUGUUUGCUCGGUUACUGUCGCCAAUCCAGUCGAUCCCAGUUCGACCAUGAGUGCUGAAGCUAGUGUUUCGACAGCUUCUCCUGACGUGGCUAUAGCUAGUGGGUCUGUUUUUACAAUUCCUUUAAAUCCGUAUAUGGCUGAUUGCCAUCCAAUUACGUCUAAGGGAAUAAAGAUGAUCGGAAACUACGCGGAUAGUAAACAUGGUUUCGACAGCGCAAAGAAACAGCUCAUCUUGAAAAAGCAGGAGAUUAAAAAUCAAAAAAAAGGGAUAAAGGCGCUAAAAGAACAACUCGAUUCUUUGUCAAAUCAAGCUAAGGAUUCCCCUGACCCUAAAGAUAUUGAGGAGAGUUUUUACAGUAUUUCACCAGAGUAUUUUGGACGGCUUAGGGCUCUUGAAAAACUUGAAAAAGAGUGGAGGGAACUAUCGGAAAAGUAUAAAGAGAUGCGCAAGGUAUUGGCUGUCUUGAAAUCGGAGCUUUAUGACUAUCUCGUGAAACAUGAUACGACAGGGUCGGUGGCUGCUGGUAGCACUGUAGACCUGGAAUCAAUUCCCGGAUUUAAGAAAUGUUUCAAGUUUUUCUACAAUCGCUCAUUACGGCGAUCGCCACAAUCCGGGCAUGGUUCUGGUUCUCGGCAACGAACUCCUCAAUCAUAG